UUUACAAGUUAUGAAAUUAGAACCGGUCAUUGGUCAAAUUGAAUUGUAAUGAUUGAAAUAUGCGUCUGUUUAAUUUAAUUUGAGGCUGCCAUGCUUAUCAGAAUUAAAGAAAUGGUUUAGCUGAAUCAGCGGGACUCACACAAUUCAACAUGAGUGACAGUGUUAAUGUAAGCAGCCUGUUGGUGAUUGUGUUGGAUACAAACCCAGCAUGGUGGGGGAGAGGCAGUGUCAAUGGAGACAAAAAGUUAGCGCUGUCAAAAUGUGUGGACUCACUGAUGGUGUUUGCCAACUCUCACUUGAUGAUGAAUCACCUUAACAAACUGGCUUUUAUAGCAGCUCACUCAAAUGCAAGUCAUUUCCUGUACCCGAAGAAACAGAGUGAAGGUCUGGAGGCAGUGAGUGAUGGAGAAUUGAAUGAUGGCAAAUAUGAACUGUUUGAUCGCAUGAACUACCUUGUGAAAGAGGAAGUUAAAGACCUUGUACUUAACAGUAUGGAGGUGGAGUUUGAGAAUGACUCUCUUAUUGCUGGUGCUGUGUCAAUGGCUCUUUGCUAUAUACAUAGAAUGGAGAAAGAAGCGCAGCUUGGAGUUAAAAUUUCCUCCAGGAUUCUGGUUGUUAAAGCAUCUGAAGAUAAUCCAGCCCAGUAUAUGAACUUCAUGAAUACAAUAUUUACCGCACAGAAAUUGAAUAUUGUGAUAGAUGCCUGUAUCCUUGACAACGAUUCUGGACUUCUUCAGCAGGCAUGUGAUAUAACCGGAGGUGUAUAUUUGAAAAUUCCACAGCCACAGGGACUUCUUCAGUAUUUACUGUGGGUAUACCUACCAGACCCGUCAACCAGAGAACGACUGACCCUCCCGCCACGAGCUCAGGUUGACUACAGAGCUGCAUGCUUCUGUCACAGAAAUCUUAUUGAUAUAGGAUAUGUAUGUUCUGUCUGUCUCUCAAUAUUCUGCACCUUCAGCCCAAUUUGUUCAACAUGCCAAACUACAUUCAAGAUUAUUGCACCUCCAAAAUUAGUGAGAAAGAAGUCUAAGAAGAACCUUACAGCUACUUGAUGAUGUUAAAUUAAUACUCACAGGAGAGUAUUAAUAGUCAAUAGUGACAUAGAUAAACUGGGUAAUCAUUGUGAAGUUACGUACGAUUCCCUGAAAGGAGUGUUUUGUUGCUCCAGCAGAUUUUUGAAAACUUGGGGGAGUGUUUGGAGGAAUUGAGUCAGUGGGCAGCAGAAGUGGGAAACAAUGAUAUACAAAAUGUACAUGUACAGAGAACUUAAGAAACACUCAAGUCUAGUAUUUGAGUGGUGUAUUUCCAUUCAUGGACAUUUAUUCAAAUAGGUGCUAUAAUGAUGUGAGUUACAAGUAUUGGUUACUUUUGUACAUAUGGAUGAUGUAUUGAUGUAAAUGAUUAAUACAUAUUUUUCUUACUCUAUGA